AUUCAUAGUAAUAUUAUUUUAUAAAACAAAUAUAUAAACUUUAAUAAUUUAUUAAAUAUUUCUAUCAUUUAAUAUUAUCUAUCUAUCCUGAAUAUAAUAAACAUUUUUUAUAUAUUUAAUUAAAUUUUUAUAAUAAUACAAAAAUGACUAAUAACGGAAAAAGAUCAGGAGAAGAAGUUAUUGAAAAUAACAACACUUCCACCAACGAAGAAGUUGCUACCAAAAAAUUAAAGACUGAAGAAGCUACUUUAAAUUUAACCAAAAUAGAAAAAUUAGAUAUUGUUAAAAAAGAAUUAGAUGUUAAAUCAUGGGAUACUUCAAAAGUUUCACUUCCAGAAUUAAUUACAUCAUUACUCGAUAAAACUGAUAGAGAUGCUUUCUUUGUUGCAGAUAUCGCUGUUAUUAUUAGACAAUACUUAAAAUGGAAAAAAAAUUUACCAAAUGUUACCCCAUUUUAUGCUGUUAAAUGUAACCCAACCAUUGGUAUCUUAAAAGUUUUAGAUGCUUUAGGCACUUCAUAUGAUUGCGCUUCAAGAACUGAAAUUGAAACUGUUUUAAACUUAGGUGUUGACCCAACUCGUAUUAUUUAUGCUAACCCAUGUAAACAAAUUUCAGCUAUCAAAUUUGCCAGAGCCCACAAUGUUAAAUUAAUGACUUUUGAUAAUGUCAGUGAAUUAGAAAAGAUUGAAAAAUUCUUCCCAGAAGCAGAAUUAGUAUUAAGAAUUGCUCCAGAUGAUUCCAAAUCAUUAAUGAGAUUUGGUACCAAAUUUGGUGUUCAUAUUGACGAUUGUUAUGAUUUAUUAGAAAUGGCUAAGGAAAUGAACUUAAAAGUUGUUGGUGUCAGUUUCCAUGUUGGUAGUGGUUGUUUUGAUUCCAUUGCCUAUGACUCUGCUUUAAAGAUGGUAAAGAGUGUUUUCGAAAUGGCCAAGAAAUUAGAUAUGACUUUAACCUUAGUAGAUGUUGGUGGUGGUUUCUCUGGUUCAAACGAUGAGAUGUUUGAAAAAUUCACAACCGUUAUUCGUGAAAAAACUGCUGAACUCUUUGAUAGCAAUGUUAGAAUUAUUGCUGAGCCAGGUAGAUAUUUUGCCGCUCAAAGUCACACUUUAGCUGUCACUGUCAUCUCAAAACGUAUCAUCAAACAAGAAGAUAACAGACAACAUCCACGUCGUACCUCAAACAAUAUGAGACAAUACAACUAUUAUUUAGCCGAUGGUGUCUAUGGUUCAUUCAACAAUAUUCAAUUCGAUCACGCCAAACCAACUCCAAUGCUUUUAAAACCAUCCAACAAACAACCAACUCCAUGCACUUUAUUCGGUCCAACUUGCGAUUCAAUUGAUGUCAUUGCUCGUGAUACUCAAAUUCCAGAACUUAAAAUCGGCGAUUGGCUUUAUUUCCCAGAUAUGGGUGCCUACACUACUGCUUCAGCUUCAUCUUUCAAUGGUUUCUGCCCACCACCAGUCUAUUACUAUAACAGUAUCAGUGAUGAAGAAUUAAACAAUUUAUAAAUUAAAUUGCAAUUACAAAUAAUUUUUUUAAAAAAAUUAAAUU